UUGUUUUAUUGCCGGUUGGGUAUACGCAGAACUAGAGUAUGGUAAUAGGGCGUGCCGGCCACCAGUCGGCAGUCUCCCCGCGACGUGCGAGUGCGUCGUCCGCCUGCCCGUCGCCUGCGCAGUGCGUUUUCCACUAACCUGAAAUAUAACACAAGAUUGUUUAGUGGGUGACCCCGCCCACGCACCUCGUCCGGCUGCGCUCAUUCUGUCCGAACGAAGAUACCACAAUGAUGGAAGAGAGCAACAAGUCGGAGACGGUCCACCUUCAGCCCGUCGGGGAGGGCGCCGGGGAGGGUUUCAAGGAUUCCGCAUCAGAAUACUACGACCCGCACGAGCAUCGGCAGUUGCCCAAGCCUACCAACAAUUGGGAGACUUUGGUGCACUUGCUGAAGUGCAGCCUGGGCACUGGCAUCCUAGCGAUGCCGCAAGCCUUCGCCCGCGCCGGCCUCGUCACCGGGAUCCUGGCCACCAUCAUCGUCGGCGCCCUCGUCACGCACUGCCUACACGUGUUGGUGCGGUCUCAGUACGCGGCAUGCAAGCGGCUGCGGGUGCCGCUGCUCACGUACCCCCAGUCCAUGUCGGCGGCGCUCGAGGCAGGCCCUCCGCCCUUACGUCGCUUCGCCGGGUCGCUGGCUACCACCGUCGACGUCUUCCUGGUUGUCUACCAGCUCGGGAUAUGCUGCGUCUACAUCGUCUUCAUCGCUGAUAAUAUCAAAAAGAUGGUGGAUCCUUACUACACGAUGGCCGUGGAGAUCCACAUGCUGAUCAUCUUGGUGCCGCUGAUCGCGUUCAACUUGAUCCCGAGCCUGAAGCUGCUGGCGCCGUUCUCGGCGGUGGCCAACGUGCUGACGUUCGUGGGGCUGGGCAUCGUGGUCUACUACCUGCUCACCAACAAGAAGUCCGACGCUCCACUGGACCUGUGGGGCUCUCCAUCCACCUUCCCGCUGUUCUUCGGCACCAUACUGUUUGCACUGACUGCUGUGGGAGUGGUGAUCGCGCUGGAGAACAACAUGGCGACUCCCAAAGCGUUCGGCGCACCAUGUGGCGUGCUUAACAGCGGGAUGGUGAUUAUCGUCCUGCUUUACGUGGCGGUGGGCGCGCUGGGAUACGUGUUCUGCGUGUCUGACUGCAGCGACUCCGUCACUCUUGACCUGCCGCAAGGACCACUGGCAACCAGCGUGAUAGCAAUGUUCGCGAUCGCCAUCUUCAUCAGCUACGGUCUUCACUGCUACGUGCCCGUCGAGGUGGUGUGGCGCGGGUACCUGCUGCCGCGGCUGCAGCGCUCCGGCACGCCGCCCGCACGUCUGCGCGUCGCGGAGUACGCGCUCCGAGUGGCGCUGUGUCUGCUUACCUUCGUGCUGGCGGUGGCGGUGCCGCGGCUGGGGCUGUUCAUCUCCCUGUUCGGCGCGCUGUGCCUGUCGGCGCUGGGCAUCUGCUUCCCCGCGCUCAUGGAGAUGUGCGUCUCCUUCCCCGACAAGUUCGGGCCCGGCCGCGUGCGACUGCUCAAGGACGUACUACUAUUCAUCGUGGGCGUGGUGGGCCUGGUCGCCGGCACGUAUACGGCACUUGUGAGCAUCGUGCGCUCCUUCAUGCCGCCCGACACCGAGCCCCUGCACGCCUAGUGCGGCCCUGGCGAGACCUCCUCGCUUCACCUCGCGCGCUUCGCCACCCACCAUCCGUGCUGAUAACAUCGGUGUUUCUGCUAGUCCGCUGGGCGCGUUACUCGACCAAGCACUUCGCUAGUCCACCGGCUACGUAGCCAGCACCAUACAAGUAGUGUUCUUGAGUACGAUAGAUACGGUGAUAGCUGAUCUCGCACAGCUGCCGUUUUGUUUCGCAUUAGUGCAGUGUAAUGCCGUCGGCAGUUUGCCGGCUCACUACGAGUCAUCUCUGAUUGCCAAGUUAAGUUUGAAAUGAUAUUAUAUUUUGAUCUUUAUAUUGUUUCAAAAUUUUAUUAAUAUACCUACUGUUAUUGUUUUCUAUACCCACUGUACCUGCGUUUAUUAUUUUGUAAUUUUAAAUAAACGUUUGUUACGAUUUAA